GCUGAGGAAGAAAUAUUACCAGACGUAUUCUGGGAACCUACAGCAGAGGUGCGCAGCACGAGGUUAAAACGGCAUGUUGUGGAUUUGGAUAAUCAAGAAGAAUUUGAAUCCCAGAAGUAAGUGGAAUUUGAAAAAAAAUCAUACAAGCAUUAAGGGAAAGAAAAAAAUCCUACAACUACACUGUAAAAGAGUUCGAUAAAACUCCGAACUUGCAGAAAUAUUUCCCCUCACAGGAUAUCUAAUGGUGUGCCCCUAAUGCAAGACCCUCGCCUGCUUAUUAUGUAUAGGAUAAUACUAAUCAUUGCCCCCAAUGUAACAAUUAUUAAAAUUGCAGGACAAAAAGCGAUAUCAGUGACAAAAAACGAUGUCAGUGACAAAAAAAAAGAUAUCAGUGACAUACCGUUUUUAUAUCGCCCUGAUAAAGGCACAAGUAUGUGAUAGACAGUGAUAUAGACAUUGUAUGGUUAUUUAUUCUAGUUUAUGGCGAUAUGUCAGUGACGCUAUCCGUGCAAGUGAUCAGGUACACUACUCUCAAUUCUUAUACAUUCUUUUCUGUUAAAACGUUCACUACGCUUUAAAGCUGUGGAUAUCAGAAUUUUUCCGAUAUUUCAUAUGCCAUCGCCAUGCUAAUGAAAUUGCAGGAAAUCAUAAUAUACAGUUAGUUCUACAGAAAUAACAUAUUAUUAUUACGCAUUACUUAUACAAUAUUCGUUUUGAUUGUUUACUCUUGAUAUCCUGCAAUUUUGACGUCACACCUGCAGAUAAUAGAUUUCUAUGUGCAGAUAUGACGUCGAUUCUUCGGAGCAUAAAUCGCAAUGAAGUACAAAAUAGAGCUAGGGCAAGAUUUGCUUCGGGAAAUGGACGACGCUAUGUGCAAAAACUAUUAGAUGACGAGAAGCUGAAGGCACUAAACGAGCUACAAAGAUAGCAUUAAGAGUUUUCGACAAGUAUUUUGAAUGGAAGUAGACAGGGGCGGUAGCCAAGGGGGGGCAAGGGGGGGCGGUCGCCUCCCCAAUCGCAAAAAAAACUAUUCUCUGAAAAAGGCUAAAUCCAUAGAGAAAUGGGGGGGGGGUACACGUUACAUCCUCGAAGCUGAAACGGAUUAAGUACGUCUCGACUGAGGAAAACGACGAAAUACUGGAAGAACUUGAGUUCUAAAAUCUCGUUAAAACAGUUGUAGAUAUGGUUCCAAGAGGAAUAGAUUUAGUUUAGAUUUACAUGUAUAUGCAUUAUGAUAACAUGAAUAUUCUUCUCAGACUUAUUCUGUAUCAUAUAUAAAAGCGAGUAGAAACUUAGAAAUGUCUGGGAAAAUUUAUGUCUUCGACGUACUUUAUAAUCUUGGGAUUCUGCAAGAUUUCACCCCCAAAAUGCUUGAAAUCACAUUUCAGGGACUCUAAAUUUCAAAAUUUUCACGGGGGUGCAUGCCCCCGGACCUCCAUAGAUGGUCUCGCGCCUUCGGCGUUCGCUUCGCCCCCCCCCCCAAAAAAAAAAUGAAGCUCUGGCUACGCCACUGGAAUUAGAUCAGUAAAAGAGAAGAGGUCCUUGCCUAAACUUUAAAACUGAAAACUAAAACAAUCUUGUUGUUUUCUUGCCGAUAUCGAGAGCUAUAACACAAAUCGAGGCCUUGAUAAUUCUCGAUAUUAAGCCGGUUUUGCACUAGGCGGAAUUUUGCGCGCGGAGCGGAAUCUUUCUUUGUCUUUUCUAAUUAGUUCCACCCGAGAAAUCACAAGACAAAGAAAAAUUCCGCUCCGCGCGAAAAAUUCCGCCUAGUGGAAAACCGGCUUUACGCUCAUCCACCCAACAAUGUUUAAUUAUUGUUAUCAUUAUUUGUUUCUUGUUUUUAACUUUUUAAAGGUGAGAGCAACUGAAGAAAAAUUUAAGCUUGAAGAAGAGCAACGUCGUGGUCACCGGGAGAGGAAAGAGCAGUGUGUGGACUGGGUUACAAAAUUGUUUGAAAGAGAUCCAUGUCAUCCUGAAGCUAUCAAUAAAUAUAUUUACAAAUAUAAAAAGUAAGUGAUGUUCACGUGGUGAUUGAUAUAGGUUAUGAAUAGAUCACGUGUUCACUUCAUGUUAGAUCUUUAUAAGAGGCGGACACUAGGGGGCAGGGGGCGGGUAGGCUCAAAGUUAAGGUGUAUUUUACAUGAAAUUUUGCUGCAAAAGGUGGUCGUAUGUAUGAAAAACAAACACUCGUGAGUCUUUCAGACUUCAAAUCGUCUUCGCCCUUCGGAAUCGUGCAAUUUUGAUUGUUUUUGAAAAACUCACUCGUGAAUGUUCUUUCCAAAUCGCAAUGAAAACUAUCCUAUUACCUAUAUACAAAUAGAUUUGUGAAUUUUGGUUUGUAACUACAGUAGUAGAUGCAAGAAAUAAAUCCCUGAUAUCUUUCAUUUGUUUUAGUGUACGUCCCUGGGACGGUAUAACAGAUUUAUUUGAAUACGAACACGAAUUCAAGGUAAAAACUCGCACUCGGAUCCAUGCUCCGAUGGUCAAACAACAAAGUUUGGUUGCAAUGGAGGUUCACCCACCUUCGGGGGACGAGGAUCUUUCACCACGAUAUCCGAAACAGACCGGAACACGUCGGAAGUACGGUAGUCAAUCGCCGGAUCGGAUGAGUAGUAUGGACGAGGAUGACGUCACAUCGUUUGUACAAUAUUUGAAACCAUUGCGUGAGUCUCAAGCCGAACUCAAAGAACAGAUUAGAUCAGUACGAAGUGAUAUGAGACGUUACCAGACUGCAAAUCGCGAGCAGCUCAGCAGCUUUUAUACAAAGGACUGGGUACUGUUUUGUUUCCUUGCGAUCGUGUUGCUAUUUCAGUGGUAUGCACAGAGUACACAAACGUCCGCGGUGCCAGAAAUAUAAGCCAAUAUACUGCCAAGAACUCGGAGUUUAUACAAAGUACUGGAUACUGUUUUGCUUUCUUGCAACUGGCUACACGGCACACGAAAAAGACGUCGCAUCUUUGAUUCGUUAAAUCUUUAUUGAGAGUUGUAAACAGUCACAGGGAGUGUCAUAUAGAUCAUGUGCAAAAUGCUCAAAAUCACUCAAACUGUAAUGAAUAGAAUGGAAAUUAUUCAACAGAUCCCCCGUCUAUUUUCCUUACAAAAUGGUUUAGUUUCGGUCCUCCGGUUUUAUGCUUUAAAAAGUUCGGUAUGUCGGAUUUUUGUCCUAUUUUUUGUUCAGAACUUUAAUGCACAGUCCUUUUUAUUGAGUAGAUUAUUUUAAGAUUUGGUGCAAAAAGAGCGUGUCACUUAUUGCCAGCCUUGUGUGACAAAUCACACCUGACUUUUGAUGGAUACUGAGCCAAAAAUGUUUUGAAAACUAGGGUCGGCUGUCUUGAGAUAGGGUCCCUCAGGAAUCCGGAACCAAACAAAUUUUUAGGCCUUAAUUUCGACCUGUCCAUGAGUGGCUAGUGGGGAAAUAUUGGAAAUUUCAAAAGUUAGAACUUGAUCGUGAGCAAAUGCUAAGAACAAAGGGUCCAUUCACAGUGGCAGGAAGGUUUUUUCACGCACUUUUGCAAUAAUUUUUGUCAUCGGAUUGAACGAACUAAUAGACGAAUUAGCUUUCUUUUUCCGUACCAGCUGAUGGAAUUUUGGUCACAGUUUACACAAAAUGUUAUUCUUGACAUCAUACACAUUCCUGCUGUACUUCAUUUCGGAAAAAUUAUAAACAUCUGCCCAAAUUUUAUGAUAUAAAUUAUUGUAUAUCAGGGUUCGUACAAAACUUGAAAGUGCUUGAAUUUGACAACAAAAAUUGAAAACCUUGAAAGUCCUUGAAUGUAUCAACAAGUCGGCUUGAAAGAGCUCGACUUUAUGCUUUAGUGUUGGAUAUUUGACGUUAAAAAGCGAAUAUUUUGGUGAAUUAAUUUUGUUCAUGUCUUACAAAGUUGUUUGGAGUUCACUAAAUUUUCAACUCUUGAAUUUCAUGAACAUGACCAUGAAAGUCCUUGAAUUUUACUCUUCCUAACCUGUACGAACCCUGAGUAUAUGUAUAUAGAUAGUAAUGAUGUAUUGAACAGAGAAGAAUAUUAUACGUGUCUCUUGUAAGUGUCGUUAAUUUUGUUUGCUUCCCUUUUGUUGUUCGCCAUUGGUAUUCUUUGUUUGAAAUGACGUAAUUUUGGGAUUUCAGUUGACGGGCAGGUACGACUAAAAAGAUGAAUUACCGUUCAGUUUUCCUUGCUACAACAAUUCUGAUAGGAGAAAAAUCGUCCACAAGUUGUUUGAUUGCCCGUCAUUUGGAUGAAGUCAUGUGAUUGCAAACAAAGAUUUAUAAUUUCAUCCUUAUCAUGGCAUGUUUUACGGAGCCUGAAAUAACGGUCGGAGAUCGGAUGUUUUCCGACCAAAUUACAGUUUGUCCGAC